AUGGCGCUGUCGACGCCGACGGGCUACUACAAGUGCGGUCCAACCCAAUCCCCAACCCUAUCGUACGCACCUGCCACUUCGGCCCUACCACCAGAGACGGACACCCAAGUUCGUUGCGACGCCGGAGGGUUAUUAGGGGGUAUCCCAAUGGAUAGGACGCCCGCGGGUGGCUGUCGGCUUGAGCUGGUGCGGUACCAUCAUGAAUAUCGGGAUGGGUGGACGGGGAGGAAGGGUGGAAGCCAGGGCGACAUUGGGAAAAAACACGGGCCAUCGGCAGACAAGCAAUAA